UAAUGUCAAGAACGGAACCACAAUAAUUUGUGGUGGAUAAAAAUUUAACAGCAAUAAAUUAAAAUGUAUUCAAAAAAUGUAAUAAACCGUAAACAAUGUAAAGUCGGGGGAAUUUUAUUUACUAUUAGUAUAAUUUGUAUUGUUAGUUUUAUAAACUGGCUGUAUAUCGAACAUACAGUACCGAAAUUUAAUCAAUAUCUUUUAGUAAAAAGUUAUGAUCGAUCAUCUACCGAAAAUAACACAAAUAGAACACGUUACAUUCUGUUGUGGAAUGCAUUUUUUGGAAAUAACCGUUGGUGGCUACCGAAUGACUUCAACGAUCCCUCUUUUUUUCGGGAAAAUAUCAAAUGUCCCGUGUCUAAUUGUAUAGUGACUAAUCAGAAGGAUACUUUGCCAUUUAUAGACAUGUAUGAUGCCAUUGUUUUUCAUACUGCUCGACAAUUUCCGGUUUACAAUUUCAUACCUAAAUACAGAUCUUGGCAACAAUUAUAUGUUUUUGCUCUCAUGGAAUCUCCCUGUGCAACUCAACAUAGUUUAAGUGAUGAAAGAAAUUUUUAUAAUUUAACCAUGACCUAUCGCAUGGAUUCGGAUAUAUUGUGGCCAUACAAUUGGUUUGCCGAUAAAGAGACUGGCAUGCGUAUCAUACCAGCUGAAUAUCCUCGAUGGCGAUCGGUUCCCGAUAGCUAUAAUGAUACAACCAUAUGGGAGCUUUGGCCGCAUAAGACAGAAAUGGCGGCCUGGUUUGUAUCAAACUGUAAAACACAAUCGCGAAGAGAAAAACUUGCUAAAAUUUUGCGAAAAUAUAUGGAAGUUGAUGUAUUUGGAAAGUGUGGAUCUAAGAGAUGUCAUGCAGGCUCGAUCGAAUGUAAUAAACUUUUAGAUGAAAACUAUAAAUUUUAUUUUUCUUUUGAAAACUCCCUCUGCACUGAUUAUUUAACAGAAAAAGUGUAUAAUAUAAUGCAACGAAAUAUCAUACCUGUAGUUUAUGGUGGAGUCGACUAUGAACGCUUUCUACCACCACAUUCCUAUAUCAAUGUCGAGGAUUAUGAGACUCCAAAAGAUUUAGCCAAUUAUCUUAAAUACCUGUCGGAGAGACCCGAAGAAUAUAUGCGAUAUUUUUGGUGGCGUCAGUAUUACGAAUUAAAGUUCCAUUCGCCAUUUUGUGAUUUAUGUAAACGGUUGCAUGAACCGAAUUAUUUUGUGAAGACACAAACUUAUGAAAAUAUUGAAAAAUGGUGGAUGGAGGGAAGUUGUCGUUAUAAGACGCGUAUAAAAUUUUGAAUGUAUAUUAUAUGGAAAAGCAGAUUGAAUACUUAUGUUUUAUAUUUGUUUAGUGUUCUCAUUAUUAUGUUAUUAGAUAAGAGUUUAUACAUACAUAUGUAUAUGUUUGUCAAUCCGUUUAUAAAUAAUAUAUU